UUUUUUUUUUUUUUUUAAUCUCUCUUCCUCUCCCUUUCCUCUCCCUCUAAAUUCAUUCAUUCCUAUUUUUGCUCUUCUCUCUCUACUUUUACUUUCUCUCUUCACUCAUCUAUGGAAUCCUCCUCAUCCGACGAGAGUUCGAUUUUCUCCGUCGAAGGAGGAUUUUCCUCCGGCGAGAUGUCAUCUUCUCCGGUGAUGAGUAGUGAAAGUUCAGGCGAGAUUUCGGAAUCUGUCGAGGUGAUUGGGAAUGGAAUCUCCGGCGGGGAAUCUGAAUCGACUACUACUAUAAGAGAUAAGUGUAUUGGAAGACAUAAUAAGGUUAGUUGGGGUUACACAUCUGUGAUUGGUCGGAGACCUGAAAUGGAAGAUGCUGUUUCUGUUGUUCCUGGGUUUGUCUCUAGCACGUGCUCUCACGUGGGUGGUUGUACUGCUCCAUCUUCUUCUACUUCUCUUCUCAAUUCUCCUCUUCAUUUCUUCGCCGUUUUUGAUGGCCAUGGUGGCCCCGAGGUUGCUGAUUAUUGCGCUGAGAGGAUGCACGGGGUUAUUGCAGAGGAGUUGAGUAAGGAAUCAAUUGAUGGAUAUGAGUGGCAGAAAAAGUGGAAAGAAGCAUUCUCCAGUGGCUUUAGGAGAGCUGACGACCUGGUUAUCACAGAAGCUGGAGUGUCGGAAAUGGUUGGAUCCACUGCUGUGGUAGCUAUUGUUUCUGGUUGUCAGAUAAUUUUGUCCAAUUGUGGGGAUUCCAGAGCAGUUCUUUGUCGGAGGACACAGACCAUUCAAUUGACAGUUGAUCACAAGCCAGAUAGAGCUGAUGAAUUAUCGAGAAUUGAAGCUGAGGGUGGGAGAGUCAUAAACUGGCACGGUGCUAGAGUGCUUGGAGUCCUUGCCAUGUCUCGAGCUAUAGGUGAUAGAUAUAUGAGUCCUUACAUAAUACCAGUACCAGAGAUCACUUUCAUGACAAGGAGUGAAGAGGACGAGUGUCUAAUAUUGGCAAGUGACGGGCUUUGGGAUGUUAUGUCAAACGAUGAGGUAGGCGAGGUGGCCCGUCGUCUACUAAGGCGAAUGCGCAGGUCUGUCAUAUCAGGCAAUGUUUCUCCAGCACAAGGGGUUGCUGAGAAUCUCACACAGCUCGCUAUCGGAAGAAAUAGUUCCGACAACAUCUCAAUCAUCGUUGUUGACCUAAAAAAUAGGAGAAGACAUCAAGCCAAGCAAUGAAAAAAGCAGGUUAUUCAAUAUAUCAAUUUCUUUUAAUUCUUUGAGGCUUGUUGAGGAAUCAAUAUAUAAAUAGAUAUAUUCAUGAAGUAUAAGUACCAAGUACCAACCAAGUUUCCUAGAUAUUUUAGGUAGCCCUCAUCAGCUGUUGUUUCUACUGUACAAAGCUGACAUUGCUGUUGGGGUGAUGCUCCUGACAAUCAAAAUUGUAUUACUGCAAACUGCAAACUGCAAACAGCAAAUUGAUAGAUCAACCCUCUAUUUUAGUUGGUUUGAUCUUACUUUCCGAAGUGGAAAUGACGAUUAAUCGAAAAAAAAAAAAGUAUAAUAGACUAUUGAUGUUGUGCAUUGCCAUUGAAAGAAAGCCAAAGAUGUUGCAAGCUCUCUAUCAUGUAAAAUUCAGUUGCAUCCAAUUCUUUUCAAAAAUUUAGAUAUUUCUGUUUA